UGUAUGUGAGUUUGAUAUCAACUUCCAGAUUUAGCUGUUUCGGGGAACUGGUUUGUGACGCGCAAGCGCUCUAUGAGUACAUGUUUCACAGCGCCUGUGUUAGGUAUAGUUGUAUGUGUUCUUUUGAGCAUCUUCUAAGAGCAAUGGCUUUAAGGAACACAGCGCAGGAGCGGUAUAUUACAACAUGCACGUUGCGAUGGUUAAACCGACCAACGCCGCCGCGGCCUUCACAUCCUCGGUGUGUCCUAGCAGAGCUUCCCACACGCGGCGCGUCUCACUGGGGCAUGAGAGCACAGUGGUGCCGCUGGAUGAGCUCAAGUCAAUCAGGGUUCAUUUCAAAGGUCCCACAAUAUCCUACAUGGGAGCCAGUAGCUGAGAGGCAACUUCCUUCUCCUACUAAAGUCUCUCUGGACCUUGUGGAUAAGUUGGAGAGACUUGCUCUUGUAGACUUUGGCAGCCAGGAAGGUGUUGAGUGUCUGGAGAAAGCCAUUCGCUUUGCUGAUCAGCUCCAUGUCGUUGACACAGACGGUGUGGAACCAAUGGAUUCUGUUCUAGAGGACAGAGCUUUGUAUCUGAGAGAAGACACAGUGACUGAGGGAAACUGCGCAGAGGAACUUCUUCGACUCUCCAGAAUCACAGAGGAGGAAUAUUUUGUAGCACCUCCAGGAAACAUCCCUCUUCCGAAGAGAGAGGAGCGAACCACCAUGCUGAAGCACUCAGAGCUCUGAGAUAAAAAAUAUCCAUUGAGACAAACUGUCCCAAUAAACAUGUUCCUACUUAAA